CGUGGCCGCGGAGGGGCGGAGCCCGAGGAGGCCCCCGGGGGCGGGGCCGAGGCCGAGGGGCGGGGCCAGGGGCGGGCCCGCGGCGGCUUCAAAGGCGGCAAAAAAGUGACGGUGGAGCCGCACCGGCAUGAGGGUGUGUUCAUCUGCCGGGGCCGCGAGGACGCGCUGGUGACGCGGAACCUGGUGCCGGGGGAGUCGGUGUACGGCGAGAAACGGAUCAGCGUCGAGGAGGGCGAGGCCUCGGUGGAGUACCGCGCCUGGAACCCGUUCCGCUCCAAACUGGCUCGCCUCGCCGCCAUCUUGGGCGGCAUCGACCGCAUCCACAUCCGGCCGGGUGCCAAGGUGCUGUACCUGGGCGCGGCCUCGGGCACCACCGUCAGCCACGUAUCGGAUAUCGUGGGGCAGGAGGGCGUGGUCUACGCCGUGGAGUUCUCGCACCGCUCGGGCCGCGACCUGCUCAACGUGGCCAAGAAGAGAACGAACGUGGUGCCGGUCAUCGAGGACGCGCGGCACCCGCACAAGUACCGCAUGCUGAUUGGCAUGGUGGACGUGAUCUUCGCCGACGUGGCGCAGCCGGACCAGACGCGAAUCGUGGCGCUGAACGCGCAUCACUUCCUGCGCGCCGGGGGGCACUUCCUGAUUUCUAUCAAGGCGAACUGCAUCGACUCGACGGCGCCGGCCGAGGCCGUGUUCGCGGGCGAGGUGAGGAAGAUGACGGCCGAGAGGAUGAAGCCGCAGGAGCAGCUGACGCUGGAGCCCUACGAGAGGGACCACGCCGUGGUGGUCGGCGUCUACCGGCCCCCUCCCAAGGAGAAAUGACGUCAUCGCUCAUCCGCCGUGGGCGUGGCCUAACCCGGAAGUCACUGGCGCCAUGUAAGAAUGGGC